AUGCAGAAACUGGUUUCGAGUGUACUUGCAUCGACGGCGAAGAGAUUUAUUUACCGGAAACUUUUGGGGAAAGGUAAUCCUGGAAUUUCUCCUUCUUCGUUUUCUCUUUGCGGUUUUCGUUGCUGGGUACGAGCUUUCUCUGGUGAUAGUUGUGGUUACAGAGAGAAGAUUAGAAAUGGGUUUCUGCAGGAUUUUAAGUUAGACGAUGCAAUUGGUUUGUUUGGUGAGAUGGUAAAGUCUCGUCCUUUUCCUUCCAUUGUUGAGUUCAGUAAAUUGUUGAGUGCCAUCGCUAAGAUGAAGAGAUACGAUGUUGUCAUCUCUCUGGGCGAGCAAAUGGAGAUGCUGAGGAUUCGACAUGAUCUCUAUACAUACAAUAUUUUGAUAAACUGUUUCUGCCGCACCUCUGAGCUCCCUCUUGCUUUAGCUAUUCUUGGGAAGAUGACGAAACUCGGGCAUGAGCCCAGCAUUGUCACACUUUCCACGCUGCUCAAUGGAUACUGCCAUGGGAAUAGGAUUUCAGAUGCAGUCUCUCUGCUUGAUCAAAUGGUGGAAAUGGGAUAUCAACCUAAUACCGUCACAUUCAACACUCUGAUUCAAGGACUUUUUCUCAACAACAAAGCUUCUGAAGCUGUGGCUUUAGUUGACAGAAUGGCUGCGAAAGGAUGUCAACCAGAUCUGCUUACUUAUGGUGCGGUGAUAAAUGGAGUGUGUAAGAGAGGCAAUAUGGAUUUGGCUUUAGAUCUCCUCAAGAAGAUAGAGAAAGGUAAAAUUCAGCCAAAUAUUGUGAUCUACAACACAAUCAUCGAUGGUCUUUGCAAAUACAGAGAUGUGAAUGAUGCACUCGACCUAUUCAACGAAAUGGAGAACAAAGGAGUUACACCGGAUGUUUUUACCUACAGCUCUCUCAUAAAUUGCCUUUGUAAUUACGGAAGAUGGAGUGAUGCCUCUCGACUACUAAGUGAUAUGAUUGAGAGGAAAAUCAACCCUGAUGUAGUCACCUUCAAUGCGUUGAUUGAUGCGUUUGUGAAAGAGGGAAAACUUUUGGAGGCUGAGGAAUUAUACAAGGAGAUGAUCAGAAGGUCUAUAGAUCCUGAUACUAUCACUUGCAGUUCAUUAAUCAACGGGUUUUGUAUGCACGAUCGUCUAGAUGAGGCGGAACGUAUGUUUGAGUUCAUGGUUAGCAAGGGUUCUCUCCCAAACGUAGUGACUUAUACUACUCUUAUAAAUGGAUUAUGCAAGUCUAAGAGAGUAGAAGAUGGUAUGGAACUCUUCAGGGAGAUGUCUCAAAGAGGAAUUGUUGGUAACACAGUCACUUACAACACCCUUAUCCAAGGGUACUUCCAAGCUGGCGAUUGUGAUAACGCCCAAGAAAUAUUCAAACAUAUGGUUUCUAGUGGCGUGCCUCGUGAUAUUGUGACAUACAGCAAUUUGCUACAUGGGCUUUGUAAUAAUGGGAAGCUAGAGAAAGCAUUGGUCAUAUUUCAGGAUAUGCAGAAGAGUGAAAUCGAACUUAAUAUUGUUACAUAUAACAUCAUCAUUGAAGGAAUGUGCAAGGCUGGUAAGGUGGAAGAUGCGUGGGAUUUGUUUUGCAACCUCAACCUUAAAGGUGUGAAGCCUGAUGUUGUAACCUACAAUACAAUGAUCUCAGGAUUUUGUAGGAAAGGCUUAAAGCAGGAUGCAUAUGCCUUGUUCAGUAAAAUGAAAGGAGAAGGGUCUCUCCCAAAUAGCGGUACAUAUAAUAAGUUGAUCAGGGCAUGCCUUAGAGAUGGUGAAAAGGCUGCAUCCGCCGAACUCAUCAAGGAAAUGAGGAGUUGCGGGUUCGUUGGAGAUGCUUCAACCUUUGGCUUAGUCACUAAUAUGUCAUAUGAUGGGAGAUUGGACAAAAGCUUCCUCGAUAUGCUUUCUUAAAACAGUUUCAUCAUCUUGGAGAGAAUAGCUGUGAGAGUGAAUUAACGUAUUUGCUCUUAUUCUAAUGGCAAGUUGUUGUG